AUGUCAGGCAGGGACGAGGUGGCAUUCCAGUCAAGAGAGGCUGCGUUGAAUGAGGCUACAUUCAACAAGGCUACAUUCAACAAGGCUACAUUCAACAAGGCUACAUUCAACAAGGCUACAUUCAACAAGGCUACAUUCAACAAGACUACAUUCAACAAGGCUACAUUCAACAAGGCUACAUUCAACAAGGCUACAUUCAACAAGGCUACAUUCAACAAGGCUACAUUCAACAAGGCUACAUUCAACAAGGCUACAUUCAACAAGGCUACAUUCAACAAGGCUACAUUCAACAAGGCUACAUUACAGGAAUCUGCAGGAAAUAUAUGA